CAGGGAUGUCAACAUGCCGGGGACCAGCAGUGACACAGACAGGCACACUGAACGAGAAAAGAGGGGCAAAGAGGCUCUAGAUCAACAAAACCAGCCGUCUCAUAACAUCGUGUCUAUAAUAUCUCAGUUCGGCGAUGAUAACUUAUCACUUGUGCGGAACAUCAGCACAGGACUGGCUCUUGCUGGUGUUAUUGUAAUAGCACGGAGUAUCAGACUGAUGACCAAGUUUAAAGCUGCGUCUGAGAUCCCUGCUCGUUUUAUUGAGAGGAACGUCAGCCUGCGUGGGAAAGUCCAUGGCGUCACGGAGGAAGGACUCAGUGUGGAGCACGUCCCCAUUCAUGUCCCAGGCCUCUCUCCAUUACUCUCAAAGCAUAAGGGUGUGUGUGCGUCCCCACUGCUUGUGCAUCUGGCAGGAGUGGAGCUGACCCCAGAGGGGAGGGCGUGGCUGGAGGAGAACCUGGAUCCUGCCCAGUUAGUCUGGCUGAAACUGAUCAGCCGCGAGGAGGACACACUCCACUGUCUGGUGUCACACAGCAAGCAGGGGUCAAUGUGGAGCAGCUGUAUAAAUGAAGAGGUCCUCUGGCUCGGUCUGGCACGCACUGCGCCUAUCUCUGGAGUCCCGCCUGACUCUCAUCUCUAUUGGCGUCUCCACAAACGGCUGCUCAAGGCAGAGGGUAAAGCUGAGAGGAAGGGGCGGGGCCUGUGGAAGGAGGACAGCCUAUGGCAGCGGGCCUCAAAGGCUGUCGGGGACAACACAGUAUUCAGACUGAUGAAGAGGCUCUUUAGGAGGAGCUGAUGCACUGAAUGGCUGAUGAUUGAUUCAGCGCAGAAUCCAAAAAGAAGUUUGUUGGCUUUGAGUCCCGAAUUAGUCAAAACAUGGCAGCCCUCUGCAUCAUAAAUGGACACAAAUCCCUUUGAAUUAAUGGACCAGAACCAGUGUCAAGUGUGGUGACAGAUGUAUUGCUGUGACUAAUGCACAAAGGAUUCUCGAAAUGUUACAAGGCUGAAAAAUAGUCGCAUCCAUCACUGAUGCUGUGUGUGACACAAAAUGAAGAUGUUUUACUCAGUGGGGUAUUGUAAAAAGGACAAUGUUACACUGCUGUUUUCGUUACACUAAUAAUCACCCUCCUACCACACCUGUAUCAAAGAUUUUUUAUCACCCAGCCUCCUGUUUCUGUUUUAAAUUAUAAAAAUUUUUGUUAUAAA